AUGAUGCAGGUGGUGGUGGCAGCAAUGAAGAAGUAUGGAGUAAGCCUGCCCGCUGAUCCCAAGGAGCUACAUGAGCUUGGCCUGCAUGAGUAUGCGGGCAAUGGCAAAGUUCGGAUUGGUUACACUCCUUCAAUGAGAUUUCUUAGCAAAGCGGCGAUCAAAACAGGAAAAUCCAGCAGCCCAUGGUCUCUCUGCACGGUGACGCAAGUAGAGGAAACCAAGCAAAUGGUGAGAAUGAUCCCCAUUCUGAUAGCCACCUUCAUCCCCAGCACAAUGCUCGCCCAAACCCACACUCUGUUCGUCAAACAGGGCGUCACUCUCGACCGCCGGAUUGGGCCCCAUUUUCGCAUCCCUGCAGCAAGUCUCGCCGCCUUCGUCACCAUCUCAAUGCUCAUCUCCAUCGUCAUUUACGACCGCGCCUUCGUUCCCCUUGCCCGCCGCUUCACCGGAAAUCCCCGCGGCAUCUCUCUCCUCCGCCGCAUGGGCACCGGUAUCUGCAUCCACAUCGUUAUAAUGCUGGUCGCCAGCCUCGCCGAGCGUCGCCGCCUCUCCACCGCACGCGCACACGGUGUCUCCACCAAAGACGCAACCGUCCCUCUCACCAUCUUCAUCCUCGUCCCACAGUUCGUGCUCACGGGAAUCGCCGACGCCUUCCUUGAGCCUGCCAAGAUUGAAUUUUUCUAUGAUCAAGCGCCGGAAGGGAUGAAGAGUCUGGGGACUUCUUAUGCAAUGACGACGCUUGGGGUUGGGAAUUUUCUGAGCAGCUUUCUGCUGUCGACGACGGAGAAGGUGACGAGGAGGUUGGACGGCGGCGGGGAGGGGGGUUGGAUACUCAACAAUCUCAAUAAGUCUCAUUUGGAUUACUAUUACGCUUUCUUUGUUGUUCUGAAUGUCGUCAAUUUCUUCUUCUUCCUUGUUGUUAGCCGACUGUAUGUUUAUAAAGCAGAGUCAAGUACUGAGACUGAUGAGGCUUUUGAAGAAUCCGAUCAGGAGAAAUCGAAGAAUAUUGAAGAUCAAGAUGGGUAG